AUGAGUUCCGAUCUUUAUGCAAAUGCUAUUCUCUACAGCGAAGUCUCUCGAAAGCACCCCGAGUUUGUGCCGAAAAUGUUUAAUGAAGCGACUAGAAAAAAAUUAGACGCAUUUGUGAGUUCUUCAAACGUCACGACAUGUUUUAACUGAACUGUUCUAGUUGAAAGACAAUGAAGCGCCGAAGCUGAAAGAUAUUGUCACCGACGGUAUCUUCAAGAAGAGGAAGCGCACUGCUUCCACAUCUGGCAACGAGCCGCCGUCCAAGAAAGUUGCCGCAAAGGAAGCACCGAGUUCAGAUUCGUCGGAUGAUGGUGCCGUCAAAGUAAAAAAGGAUUCAAGCAAGACCUCGGUUAAACGUAUUUUUUUCAGAAGAAUGGAACUCAGAAGCCAGUCAAUGUCGCUGCCAAAAAAUCCGCGACUCCAGCUCAAAAGAAGGCCGAUUCGAGCAGCGACUCCGACAGCAGCGCUCUUGCCAAAAAGUUGACGUCUGCAUCGAAACCAGCUCAAACUCCAGCUCAGAAGAAGGCUGCUUCUAGCUCGGAUAGCGACAGUGAAGACGAGGCUCCAGUAAAGAAGGCCCCAGCUAAGCCAGUUGUUACUACUAAGGCUGCUCCGAAGAAGGCCGCCUCUUCCUCGUCUGACGACUCUUCUGACGAUGAUAAGAAGCCGUCUGCCUCCAAACCAACUCCAGCCAAGAUUGCCACUCCUGCUUCUAAAAAGUCAGAGUCUUCAUCUGACUCUUCUGAGGAUGCGGCUCCAGCGAAGAAGACGCCUGCCAAGCCAACUCCUGCCAAGCCAACUCCUUCCAAGCCAGCUGCUGCUCCGAAGAAGGCCGCUUCCUCCUCUUCCGAUGAUUCCUCUGAUGACGAAAAGAAGAAACCUGCUGCUAAAUCAACACCUGCGAAGGCUGCUCCGAAGGUGGCUGCUAAGAAGGCCGAAUCGUCGUCCAAUGAUUCUUCGGACGACCAUAAGAAACCAGCUGCCAAGCCAACUCCUGCCAAGGCCGCCCCAGCAAAGCCUGCUUCGAAGAAGGCAGAGUCAUCUUCUGACUCUUCUGAGGAUGAAGCUCCAGCAAAGAAGGUCCCAGCUAAACCAGUUGUUACUCCAAAGGUUGCCCCAAAGAAGACCGCCUCUUCCUCGUCUGAUUCUUCUGAUGACGAUAAGAAGAAGCCUGCCGCCAAGCCAGCCCCAGCUAAGGCCACUCCGAAACCAGCUGCUAAGAAGGCCGAUUCCUCUUCGGAUUCUUCUGACGACGAAGCUCCAGCCAAGAAGGUUGCUCCGGCCAAGCCAACCCCAGCUAAGCCGGUGAUUUCUGCCAAGAUGGCUGCAUCCUCUUCCGAUGAUUCUUCGGAUGAUGACAAGAAGAAACCAGUUGCUAAGCCAACUCCUACCAAGGCUGCUACUCCAGCUAAGCCAGUCGCUAAGAAAGCUGAUACCAGCGAUUCGGACAGUGAUAGCGAUGACAGUGACGCUGGAAAGAACAAGAAGGCACCAGCCAAGGUUAGUUGUUUUUUUUCGUUUGAUGCUCAUUUAAAUUUUUUAGGCUGCUCCAGUCGCUGUAAAGCCAGUCGCCAAGAAGGCUGCUUCUUCUGGUUCCUCAGAUUCUGAAGACAACAAGAAAAAGCCUGUUGCUGCGCCCGCCAAACCAACUCCAGCUAAGAAGACUGUCUCCAGCUCUGACGACUCAUCCGACGACGAAAAGAAACCUGCCGCAAAGCCAACUCCUGCGAAGGCAACCCCAAAGCCUGCUGCUAAGAAGGCCGAAUCGUCAUCGGAUGAUUCUUCGGACGACGGGAAGAAACCUGCUGCCAAGCCGACUCUUUCCAAGGCUGCUCCAUCUAAGAUAGUUGCGAAGAAAGCCGAGUCUUCCUCGGAUUCUUCUGACGAUGAAGCUCCUUCAAAAAAGGCCCCAGCUAAGCCGGUUGUGACACCGAAGGCUGCUCCAAAGAAGGCCGCUUCUUCCUCGGACGACUCUUCCGACGACGAGAAAAAGCCAGCUUCCAAGCCAACUCCAGCUAAGGCUACUCCCAAGCCUGCUGCCAAGAAAGCGGAUUCUUCUUCGGAUUCGUCUGACGAUGAACCUCGAGCUAAGAAGACGCCUGCCAAGCCAACUCCAGUGGAGGCUGCCCUUAAAAAGGCCGCUUCUUCUUCUGAUGACUCUUCGGACGACGACAAGAAAACCAAGAAGCCAGCUGUGAUUCCGGCGAAGGCCACUCCAGGUAAGCCGGUUGCGAAGAAAGCUGAAUCCUCUUCUGACUCUUCUGAUGAUGACGCUCCAGCAAAGAAGGCCCCGACGAAGCCAGUUGUGACGCCGAAAGCUGCUCCUAAAAAGGCCACCUCUUCCUCGUCUGAUUCUUCCGAUGACGAGAAGAAGAAGCCUGCCGUCAAGCCAACCCCAGCUAAGGCCACUCCGAAACCAGCUGCUAAGAAGGCCGAUUCCUCUUCUGAUUCUUCUGACGACGAAGCUCCGGCCAAGAAGGUUGCUCCGGCCAAGCCAACCCCAGCUAAGGCCACUCCGAAACCAGCUGCUAAGAAGGCCGAUUCCUCUUCGGAUUCUUCGGACGACAAAGCUCCAGCCAAAAAGGUUGCUCCGGCCAAGCCAACCCCAGCUAAGGCCACUCCGAAACCAGCUGCUAAGAAGGCCGAUUCCUCUUCGGAUUCUUCUGACGACGAAGCUCCAGCCAAGAAGGUUGCUCCGGCCAAGCCAACCCCAGCUAAGGCCACUCCGAAACCAGCUGCUAAGAAGGCCGAUUCCUCUUCCGAUUCUGACGACGACGAAGCUCCAGCCAAGAAGGUUGCCCCGGCCAAGAAUACUCCAGCUAAGGCCACUCCGAAACCAGCUGCUAAGAAGGCCGAUUCCUCUUCCGAUUCUUCUGACGACGAAGCUCCAGCCAAGAAGGUUGCUCCGGCCAAGAAUACUCCAGCGAAGGCUGCUCCAAAAAAGGCCGAUUCGUCUUCUGACGAUUCCUCCGAUGACGAGAAGACUUCGAAGCCGGUUGCCACACCAUCCAAGGCGACACCAAAGGCUGCUCCAAAAAAGGCUGAGUCUUCGGAUUCUUCCGAUGACGAUGAAGAUAUGCCAAAACCGUCGAAACCCACUACAAGACAAGUUGUUCGAGCCGCUUCCGAAGAGUCCGCCGAAACCGAAGAGAGCACUUCAAGAACUCCAUCUCUGAAGGCUAAGCCAUUGGCGACGUCGACGGAAAAACCAGGUCACGAGAAUCGCAAACGGAAGUCGUCCCCUUUCCGCCGUGUUCAACUGACAAAAGAUAGCGUUUCUGAAAAGUUCAGAAAUAACCAACAUGACUCGGUGAGAAUGAUUCUCACGUUGUUUCGCUAAUAAUUUUUACUUUUCAGCAAUUCGAUCAGUGGGGUCAGCGUGCCAAUGAGAGCCUCGGGAAAGUUGUCGGCAAGGCUUUCCGUCACGAGAAGACAAAGAAGAAGAAGGGAAGCUACGGAGGUGGUCCGAUCAAUCAAUCCAUCAACUCAAUCAAGUUUUCCGACUCGGAUAACUAA